AUUUUCUUCAUCACCCAGAGACUUCUCUCUGAAAUUUUUACUACUACAAUAAUUUGUGCGUGGUGGUACCAGUCGGCAACACUAUUUAGUGAAGAAAAGAAUUGUAGAAGAAUAAUUAUUAUUUGAGAUCUACAAUGGACAAUUAUGAAACACUUCUCUCGGGAGGGGAUGAAGAUUUUGAUUUUACAUCACUUCUUGGUGAGGAUGAACAACAAACAACAUCCGAUAUUCAACAACAACAACAGCCAACAGUGGUAGAUGUAAACGCUUUCUAUGGCAUGCCAUCAGACAUGGGCACAUUUGAUUUUUAUAAUCCGAUGUCAGCAGAUAAUCAAAAUCCUUCAGUUACCUUUCCAACCACAACAGGUCCUAUUAUUCCUGUAAUGUUUAACAAUAACUAUCCAGCUGUGUUACAGAAUGCUAUGCAUCCAUCCAUGUUCUCGAAUGCAUUCUUUGGUGCAUUCAAUACUUCACCUACACAAUUCAUGACAGGGUCCGUGAGUAGUAAUUCAUUGUCUCCUACUGGUGGACAAACAACAACAACAGAUCAAUCAUCAACAAGUGGACAAUCAAGUGGCACUACAGCAACCAAGAAGAAGGCACCUGCUAGAAAGAAGAAGAAGGUAUCAUCAGACAGUAAAACUUCCAAGCAAACUUCAUCUGGUUCUGAAAGUGAUGAGGAAAAGGCAAGAAAAAAAUCGAAUGCUAAUAAUGCAAGAAAAAGAGAUGCUGAGGAAAUUGAUGCAGACAUGAAAAGAUUACUCGCCUUGGAAAAUGCAGAAGAUUUGACAGAACAACAAAAGGAAGAAAAGAAGAAACUCAGAAAUAGAUAUACAGCCAAGGUCUCCAGAGACAGAAAAAAGAAGGAAUUGGAAACAUUGAGAGAUGAAAAUCAUGGUCUUCAAAAAAAGCUCGACGAGGCACAAGUUACCAUCAAAUCACUCAAAGAACAAAACGAAAAACUAGUUCAUGAAAAUCACUAUCUUCAAUCUCAAUUAGCUGUUGUCUAUUCUAGCUAUACCAUGUCUACAACAGAUAAUUCUAAUCCUGAUAAUAGAAAGAGAAAUACUAUCAUGAGAUCUGCAGUAAUAAUUUUGGGAAUUUUAUUUGUUUUUACAAUUUUCACCUUCCUCACUGGGUCAUUCAACUAUAAUUCAUCAUCCAAGACAUCCUUUACCUCCUCUUCACAAUCACCACAAUCUGAACAAAAAACUGCUAGACGUUUGGCUAGAGGUUUAUUGUCAAUCAAUGGGUCAAACUAUGAACAAGCUCCUAAUUAUGUUUCUCGUACAACCCCUCGCAACGUUGAAAGUGUGGGGUCUAAGUCUCUCCCAACACAUGCUACCUCCUCUCACUCUGUAAAUCAAAACCUCCCUGAGCCAAUCUAUGUUGAAAAUACCAUGGAAAUGGGUGAAUCACUCGAAGAAGAUUUCAACCCAGAUGGCAUGAUGAGCUAUGAUGUCUUUUAUCCUUCAAAGCUUAAGAGACACUUCUCUUCCUUCUCCUACCAAAAUCCAAAGCAAAAUGCUUCAGAAGCAUCUCAUAUCAGAAAUUAUGACAAUUCCACAUCUGCUUCUCCAAUACCAAAUAAGAAGAAGAGUGUAACUUCUCAAAGACACAACAAUUCCAAACAAAUUUCAGUGCUCACUAGGCCAACCAUGCUAAGUAAGAGAAUUGAGGAAAAGAAACACAAAUAUGAAAGGGCAACAGUCUAUGUUCCUUCUGAGCAUAACAUUCCAUCUGAUAAGCCAGAUUUACACAUGUUCUGUCCAUAUCUGUAUCCUCUGGUUGCAGGUGUUCCUGAUACAGGAUAUGAAUUCAGUACAAAGGACUUUGAGGCCUCUAAGAAAUCAUCCAUGAAGAUUCACAUUCCAAUCCAAAUGGUCUGUAACAAGACUAAUACAAAGGUCAUUAGAAUGGCAGAAAUUAAUGCUGAAAAUAUCACAUUGACCGAUGUAUUUUAUGAAUUUAAUGGGCCUUCUCUCCCUCCUCGUUCAGUUGUGACCGAUUAAAUUUUGUAAAUAAACCUUAAAAAGCCGAGUUUCUGUACUUUAUUGCC